AUGUCCGCACCUCAGCAAAUCAACAAUUUGCAAUCGUCGUUCCAAAGAGCGGUCAACUUGGGUGGCUCGCCCGGCGAAGUUUCGACCUCGCCAACACAGUCUUUCAUGAGCUCGAUCCCAGGUCGUGUAGGUCUCUCAAAGCAGACUAAGGCCCUAAAACCUUUUUCGACAGGUGACAUCAAAAUUCUACUGCUGGAAAAUGUUAAUCAGACCGCAGUAGAGAUCUUCGACGGCCAGGGCUACCAGGUGGAGUACCACAAAGCGUCGCUCCCCGAAGAAGAGCUUAUUGAGAAGAUCAAGGACGUGCACGCCAUUGGUAUCAGAUCCAAGACCAGAUUGAGCGAAAAGAUCCUCAAACACGCCAAAAACCUGGUUGUCAUCGGCUGUUUCUGCAUCGGGACCAACCAGGUCGACCUGAACUACGCCGCCAAGCUGGGUGUCUCCGUCUUCAACUCGCCCUUCUCCAACUCCAGAUCCGUCGCAGAGCUUGUCAUCGCUGAGGUUGUCACUCUGGCCAGACAGCUCGGUGACAGAUCCAUCGAAAUGCACACCGGAACGUGGAACAAAGUCUCCAAGAAGUGCUGGGAAGUUAGAGGUAAGACGCUGGGGAUCAUUGGAUACGGCCACAUCGGUUCUCAAUUAUCGGUGCUUGCCGAAUCCUUUGGUAUGCGCGUCUUGUACUACGACGUGGUUACCAUUAUGGCCUUGGGAAGUGCCAAACAGGUUUCCACUUUGGAUGAACUACUAAACAAAUCGGACUUUGUCACGUGCCACGUUCCUGCCACUGCAGAAACCAAGAACUUGCUAUCUGCGCCACAAUUCGCCGCGAUGAAAGACGGUUCGUACGUGAUCAACGCCUCGAGAGGUACUGUCAUCGAUAUUCCAGCUUUGGUUGAAGCCAUCAAGGCCGGCAAGAUCGCUGGUACUGCGCUGGACGUCUACCCCAACGAACCUGCCAAGAACGGUGCCGGCGCCUUCAACGAUGAGCUCAACAGCUGGGUUUCCGAGCUGGUGUCGCUGCCUAAUGUCAUCUUGACACCUCACAUUGGUGGUUCCACCGAGGAGGCCCAAAGUGCGAUCGGUAUCGAGGUCGCCUCCAGUUUGACCAAAUACAUCAACGAAGGUUGCUCUGUCGGGUCUGUGAACUUCCCAGAAGUUGCUCUGAGGGGUCUGGACCUCGACCAGGAAAACGUGGUCCGUGUUCUGUACACCCAUCACAACGUUCCUGGUGUUUUGAAAACCGUCAACAACAUUUUGUCCAAUCACAACAUCGAGAAGCAGUAUUCAGACUCUCAAGGCGACAUUGCCUAUCUGAUGGCCGAUAUCUCUUCCGUCGAUCAAAGCGAUAUCAAGCAAAUCUACGACCAGCUAAAUGGCACCGAGUACAAGAUCUCCAUCAGACUGCUAUAUUAA